AUGGCAGACCACCAGAACGCGGGCGUGGACGCAGCCUUGGCUGCAGAUGCGGCAGCUGUCGCUGCAGAGACCGCAACGGUGCUGCCCCAGACGGCUGAGAGCAAAUCAAUGAUUGCCGCCACGGCCCAGCUCCAAGGUGUACGGACGAAACGCGGCCGCUGCUGGGAUUGCGCGGUGGCGGGCGGCGACGCCGACAGCGUCGGGGCUGUGGCGGUGGCCGGCACGAGGCGGAAACCCUUGGCCGGCGCCUCGCGCCUGCUACGCCAGGGUGCGGCCUCACUGCUGUCUGGCCUGGCCUGUGGCAACCGGCUGCAGCUGCGCCAGCAGCAUAGCGGCAGCAGCAGCAAGGAAGGCGGCAGCAGCAGCGGCAGCAGCGGCAACAACGGCAACAACGAUAACAGCGGCAAGAGUGGCAGCAGCGGUUUCGGGCCCUUGAUGGCGAACGUGCCGGGCAAAGUCGAGUCCACGGACGUGGACAGCGAGGACAGCACGGCUGCUGUUGCCGCUGCGACUUUCGGGGCCGCGGGCCGUGAUGACGGCGGCGCUGCCAGCCUGUCUGCUGACAACCCCGCCGUGGACGGCGCCGACGCUGCCACUGUGUCCAAAGAUGCUGGCGGGGCAGUGGGCGCGGCAGUGUCAGCGCGCCCUGAGCUGCAGGAGGCCGGCAACGCGCAGCUACAACAGGAAGAUGUGGAAGUGGCAGCCACUGCGGCCGACGCCAAGUCAGCAUUCUGGAGUGCUGUGGCAGCGGCUGGCGGCGAGGAGCUUGAGGUGCAGCGCCAGAAGCGCCGCAGCCGCCGUAAGCAGCAGCAGCAAUGGAUGGCAGACGCGCUCGUGCGAGAGGCCGCCUGCGCCGAGCAGCAAGCGCAGAAGCUGAUGCGCGCCGCAAGUGCUGCUAGCAUUGAAGGGGGCUGCGAGAGGAAGGGCGAGAAGGGCCGCCACAAGACCAGCAGCGGCGGCAGCAGCAGCAAUGCCGGCGGCGGCGGAGGCGGCUUUGGCGGCGAAAGCAGCUGCAGCAGCAGCAGCAGCACCAGCAACGGCAGCAGUAGUGUCAGCAGAGCCAUGGCCAACAGCAGCAGCAGCAACAGCGGCAGCAGCAGCAGAACCAUCAACAGCCGCGACGACAGCAGCAAGCAUGAGGAACACAGAAAGAGGGACUCCCAAAGCAGCAGGAACGAUGGCGGCUGCAGCAGCACAAGUGAGGGGAUGCAGCAGGAGCGCAGCCAGCAAGAACGCCGCCAGCGCCGCAAGGACCGCAGGCACAGCCACAGGACCCGCGAUGGUGGUGGCCACAGCGGGGGCAGUAGCCAAGACUACGCACACAGCGGAAGCGGCCACAGCCACGCUCGGGACGGCCACGGCAGCAGCCACAGCCAUCAUGAAAGCCAUAGCCGCAGGAGCAGAGACAAGGACAGCAGCAGCAGCAGCACCACCACCACCGCCGCUAGCAACAGCAGCGGCAGCAGCAGCAACAGCAGCAGCGGCAGCAGCGCGUGCCGCGGCAGCCGCAGAGGCCGCAGCAUCGUCGACACGCCACGGCGCCAGGACGUCAUGUUGGAAGGCCCCUUCUCCUGCGCCUUUGAUGCCGACGGCGCCGAAAAUGGCGGCGCCAGCGCUGGUUGCGCCUCUGGAGAUGGCAGCGCCAAGGCCGCCGCCGGCUGCGACGCCCCCCGCGCGCGCGCCGACGCCGCAGCCGCCCUCGCGGCCGCCUCCGACGUCAGCGGUGCCGCGGCCCUGCUCGGUCUGCGGCGCGCGCGGCAGCUGCGCAAGAAGCUGCGGCGGCCGAUGUUUGUGGGCAAGGAGGGCGGUGGCCGCGCGUUUGACGCGUACUACCGGGGGGAGGUCGGCUGCGGCGGCGCCGCGUGCAAGGGCGUGUGGCUCGUCGCGCGGCUGUUCAGGUUUGCGCCCGUUGCGCGGCCGACGCUGCUGCCGGACAUUCAGGAGGCGCUCGCCGCCGAGGCAGCGGCCGCCGCCGAGGCGGCCGCGGAGGCGUCUGUAGCCGCAGCACGGGCCCGGGCCGAGGCGGCCGAAGGCCAGGCGCGCGCCGACGCGGCGGCGGCCGCGGCGUGCGAGGCCAAGGCGGCGGCGGAGCGCGUGCUGGCAGAGGCUGUCAUCGCAGCGCUCUCUGGCGCGACCCCAAAAGCAGACGGCAUCCCUGUGGCGCUCGCGCCGCUUCCCCUCGUGCGCGUCGACGCGUGCGCGGGCCCAGGCUGCGACUGCGACUGCGACUCGCCGCCCGCCCACGCGGCAGACUGCGCCGCGGCCGGCGGCAGCUGCGGUCGCGACGCGGCCGGGGCGUCGGGCAUGCUGGCCCGACUCGGCUUCAGCGGCUGGGGUGCCCUGCGGCGCGAGACGGCCGCCGUCGAGGCAGUGAAGGCAUGA